CGGGCUCCUUAUUUAGGAGGAGGAGAUUGGGAGCGCGCGUCGUGAUUGGACACUGGGAACAGGUACAGGUACCCUCAUACAUUCUCUGCUUAAUGAACAUUUCUGUGCUUUAGCUCGGUGGUCAGUUCCUCUAUUUUAACUAUAUCGCAUUUCUUAAUCAAAACCGAUUAAAAUGCAAACUUGUAGAGAAAAGAAGAUGUAGCUUUUUAAAGAAGCAUCACAAAUCUGUUAGCUUGGCGCAGUCGGUCUUCGGAGGUUUGGGUUCAAAUGGUUUUCUUGUGCUUAAAAGUAAACGGAGCUCGCUGACAUUUUUAUUGUUCGAGUAGACCACGCGUGACCCGGAAUAUACUUCUUGAAUUAUUGGAUUUUUUUUUACAUUACAAGUCUUUUUUUUCGUUUUAUACCGAGUUGUUGGCCACAGAGUCGAUCGUUUUUUUGGUUGAACUACCAAGAACAAUUAAAAGCUUCUUCUUUUAAACGUGAAGGCGAUUAUUAACCGAUAUUCAGCCGACUGAACACAAUGACUGAUUCUUGCCUACAGCUCUUCUUGAUGGCAACAGGAUUGUCAACGUGUCUGGCACAAGUGUGCGGCAGGCCUCCGCUAGGGAAACGCAUUGUUGGAGGAGUUGAAGCAUCACCAGGAUCGUGGCCUUGGCAAGUGGAUAUUCAGAUGGGAUCCAAUGGACAUGUUUGUGGUGGAUCUAUCAUUGCUAAAAAUUGGGUCCUAUCUGCUGCACACUGCUUUCCUAACCCCUCAGAGGUGUCUGCGUACACUCUGUACAUGGGACGUCAUCUGCUCAAUGGCUAUAACCAGUUUGAGAAGGUCAGUUACGUGCAGCGAGUGGUCAUUCCUGAAGGAUACACAGAUCCUCAGGGUGGCAGAGAUGUAGCGUUGGUGCAACUGCGCGCUCCGGUCUCCUGGACAGACAGGAUUCAGCCUGUGUGUCUGCCGUUUGCUGACUUCCAGUUCAACAGUGGGACCUUGUGCUACGUGACAGGCUGGGGACACAAACAGGAGGGUGUUUCCCUCACUGGAGCAGCAGCUCUACGGGAAGUCGAAGUGCCCAUUAUUGACCAAUCGUCCUGCCAAUUUAUGUAUCAGAUUUUGUCGUCUGAUUCAUCAACGGUUGACAUCCUAUCAGACAUGAUUUGUGCUGGAUAUAAAGAGGGAGGCAAGGAUUCCUGUCAGGGGGACUCCGGAGGGCCUCUGGUUUGUCCUGUUGGCAAUGGGACAUGGAUUCAAGCAGGAGUUGUGAGUUUUGGACUUGGUUGUGCUCAGAAAAACCGACCAGGUAUCUAUUCCCGAGUGUCAAGCUUUGAAAAGCUCAUCCGCACCACAGUUCCAGAAGCUUACUUUUUGGGCCAUGCUUGUAGAAGCGAAAGUCAAACGCCUCUGGUUACAGUCCUGUCUUUAGCAUUAGUGCUCAUUUGGAGAUAGUGGAUUAGUUAAGCAGAUGGAAUUUACAAGUGACACAAUCAAACUUUUGUUAAAUGCCACCGGUUUUGUCCAUGUGGCAUUCAUUAUUAUUUUUUAUUUUCUGUUUGAAUGAAGUCAUUGCAAAGCUUCAGAUAAUCUUGCACAUUAUUUUUAAUUAUGGUGUGAUUUGCAAUAUGUUCUUAUGAGGUGAUCUAGUCUAGGCAUGGGACGAUAAUCGUUUUCAAGGUAUACUGCGGUUUGGAACAGUCAAGGUUUUAAAACCGCCAAAAAUUUUUGCAGUACCGUUCCUAAGUUAUGUGUAAGUUUUUUUCACAUAUUUGCUAAUUUAUUUAUUUUUUUCUUUUAACAACAGUAUCUCCGGCAGAAAAUAAAUCUAAAGAUGCCAUUUUAAAUUGUAAAUUUAAAUUGUUUUUGAAAAUAAAGAAGACAGCAGAAGUCAAUGAUUAAUUU